GCCCAAUCUCCCCUUAGUCCCUGUCCGCCAGUGCAGAACUGUCGUUCCUGCGAAUCUUUGCCAUAUCAAUGGCCAACUCGCCCACGCAAGCUGAUCUUCCGCCCUAACGAUCGUGAUGCAAAGUUGGAACCCACGUUUUCACUGGCGAAAGCUCCAGAAGUGUCCCCCGUAAAGAAGAUGUCAAGGCCUCAAAUACUGCGCAGGGAAAAAGAGAGCAGCACCGUGCCAGCCACUGGUUCCCAUCUCCUGUUUGAUCAGCAUUCUCUUCGGCUAGCCUUUGCCCGCCCGUGCUGUUCUUGAGAGUUGGUCAAGAACCCCUCGAAGAGUCGACCAUACCGCUUCGAGCUCCAGGCCAACUUUAAUGUCCAAGAACCCAGGCCAAAUACUGCCAAGUGUGGUGCUUUGAGUUGCCUGCUUAUGGGCCAGCCAAAGGCUAACUUCCGACAGGGGGGCGCUAAACGAAAUUCGCAGAUUUGGCGCUAUCCCCAUGAGUCGCACCUCCGACUGGCGUAGCACCCGUGCUGCAUGCCUAUAUGCACCUUAUCACGUCCUUCACCAAACUUUCUCUUCCUCUCUACAAGGCUCUGCUCAUGGUCUCUUGAGGUGCUUCACAAGAGUUCCGCGUUUGUGUUUGUUUUUCAGCGUUUCCAACUACCGCGUCCACUCGUUUACGCGGGCAUUCUUUUACAAGCCACCAAGGGAUCACAAUCAGAAGGGAAAUCUUCGACGAGGUCAACUUCCCGUAAUCUCAGCCGACACGCACGGAGAAGACGCACUACUUCUAACAUGAAGGCUGUUACAAUCGCCGCUGCUGGUGCAGCGGUCAUCACCACCGUUUCUGCCGCCAGCCAUGUCAAGCACAUGCAUGCGAAACUACACGCCAAUGUCGCUCGCGACACCUGGGUCGACUGGAAUGCGACCGCUGCUUCUACUUCUGCCACGCCUGUAGAUGGAGAGUCGAAGACCACCACCUCCUCAAAGGCUCCGGUCAAGGCUGCUACCACUACUGCAAGCUCUUCAACCUCAUUCCUCUGGGAGGACUGGACUUCUACCUCCCUUGCGGUUGAUCCCGCAAAGACCUCGAGCACCUCUUCUAGCACGACCUUUGAGACGUGGGCCGACUGGACUUCCUCUUCGUCCAUUCCGGUCGAUCCUGCCACCACCAGCACCACUGAGACCUGGGGUGACUGGUCAACCAGUGUUCCUGUGGAUCCUGCUUCUACGAGCACCGAGGAGCACACGUGGGGAGAUUGGACAUCCUCUUCUAUUCCGGUCGAUCCUGCGACAACCGGCACUGAGACCUGGAGCGAUUGGUCGAGUGUUGAGGAAACCACCACUGUCACGUUGGCCUCGACCAUUACGGAGACCAAAUACGUCGAGCCCGUUGCGGCCACGAGCGACUCCAGCAGCUGGUCCGACUGGACUUCUUCAACUACCUCGGCAUCGGUCGCGGCCGCCAGCGUGGCUACUUCCUCGAGCUGGUCCGCUGCCGCUGCGUCGGUCGCGGCUGACAGUUGCGCGAUCUCCAUCAUUACUUCUUAUGGCCUCCCGACUUGGUAUCCCACACCUGUUCUGGCUGUGAACACAACCAGCAGCACUUCCUCCAGUGCCUCGUGGGCGGAUUGGACCUCGUCAACAUCGAGCACGCCUGCAGCAGCCGCAACGACCACCAGCACGUCUUCCUAUGCAAGCUGGGCUGACUGGACAUCCUCGGAUCCGGCCGAUGGUGCAGCGACUACUACAAGCACUUCCUCCUACACGUGGGGUGAUUGGAUCUCCGCUUCGACCGACAUUCCAUCGAGCGAGACGGCGCCUGGAUGGGCACCGACUCCUGCAACUGCAUCUGUGAGUGGUGGGAGCAGCUAUGCCUCGUCCGGUUCUUCCUCGAAGCCCAGCGGCGGUUCGAGUAGUGGGAGUUCGGGAAUCUCAUCUAACGGUGAUUCGUGGGGCAUGACUUAUUCCCCAUACACCGCUCAGGGCGGCUGCAAGGACGCUGGCACGAUUGCUGCGGACAUGGCCGUCAUCGCACAGAAGGGAUUCUCCUCGGUCCGUGUUUAUAGCACCGACUGCAGCACGCUCGAAAACAUCGGUGGCUCUGCCCGUGACAAUGGCCUCAAGCUUAUUUUGGGCGUCUGGAUUUCUUCGACAGGCAUUUCAGGCGCUCAAGGACAAGUCUCCGAUAUCGUCGCCUGGGCGCAAUGGGACCUUGUCGAACUCAUCGUCGUGGGUAACGAGGCUGUCUUCAAUGGCUAUUGCUCCGCCAGUGAGCUCGCUGGCUUCAUCUCCAGCAGCGCAAGUGCUUUCAAGGGUGCUGGCUACACUGGCGCCGUCACCACGACUGAGCCUCUGUCGGUAUGGCAAGAUACCAGCAGUGCCUCGGCAUUCUGCAGCGUCGUUGAUGUGAUCGGUGCCAACUUGUACGCCUUUUUCAAUGCCGAUGUGACCGCCGAUAAGGCUGGUAGCUUCAUCCAAUCCGAGAUCGACAUCCUGGACUCGGUUUGCUCGGGCAAGGCCGUCUAUGUUCUCGAAUCCGGCUGGCCUCACGCUGGUAACUGCAAUGGUCUUGCUUGCCCCAGCCCCGAAAACCAGGCAACGGCUCUCAAGGGUAUUCAAGCAACCGCGGGCGCCCAAGUUGUCUUCUUGAGCUAUGAGGACGAACCGUGGAAGGAGCCGGGACAAUUCGGCGUGGAGCAAUAUUGGGGAUGUGUUAGUGUUUUCUAACUGACAUGAUCUCCUCUUCAGUGCCAACUAUCCCGAGUUGUGCCUCUUGGUAUGGGCCAAGUUAAGAAAUCCUCUGUAGGAGCAAGGAGAAGAAACACGCAGCAAGCGAAGUAAGCGUCAUGUAUGAAAUUGCACAGCCAGCGUUGCCACAUGUGUACAGUCGUGAGAGUGACAUGUUACGAUGUCUGCUUUGAUCUUUGUUUGAGUUCAUUUGUAUAUUCGUGUAUAUUAUUUGAACACUGUCUACCCGAAGUUGGGGUGUAGAAUAAGACUGGCCUCAGAUUGAUGAACGUCAAUCAGGAAUCCCAUUCUAUACAGUGAUAGAUGCUCGAAGGCUGUAAGAGACGUCCGCGUCAAGAUGAUCCCGCAGAUAGUCAUGGCAUGAUCUAGCGGAGCCUCGUGGCCUUCCC